AUGCGACGCCUCGGCGAAGCCGAUCCUGAUAGUGGUCAUCCGACUCCUCGAGAAGAUGAAGGUUUUACGGACGAUGGUAGUGAAAGCCCCAUAGGCUCAUUCUUCUCGCCGCUAACCUCAACUCCAAUUGUGCAAAACAAGCAUUCUUCAGUGCAUACCUUUUUUGAAAAUUCCGAAAAGGAUGCACUAGAUGGCGAAGAGAAAGAAGCUUUAGUUGCAAGUGUAAAACAACUGAUUCAAACUACUAAGAAAAAUUGCAAGUUAACAAGGGAGAAUGAAAAAGUUCUCAAUCAGAGUCAACUUUGGAAUGCGGAAAAGUCGAAGUUGGAAAAACAGGUCGAAGAUUGCAAUGCGUUGGUUGAAACCUUACAAAAUGAGUUAAAGGUGAAAUGUGCAAAAAUCGAACAGCUCGAAGCACGUAUCGCAGAUUUAUCAAAAAGUACUACGGAAAACCAUUCGGAAGAGGCCUUCGAAGCAUCAGAAGAAAUGGUGUUGGAGAAGCAGGAUGUCUCUACUCAAUGCGAUCAGCAAUUUGAUGAUGAAGAGACUAAGGUUGAACAGGCACUGCGGGAAAUUGAGGAUCGCAAUCGCACCCUUGAUGCGGAAAAUAAAGAAUUGCGAUGCAAGCUAGAGAAUUUUCAAACAGUUCUGGACGAAGUUGUAAUGUUACGAGAACAACUCAAUACCUGUAACCAGAAAGUGGGCUUCCUUGAGAGUGAAAAUCUGGAUCUUCAGAGAAAAGAGAAAGACUCGGUGAAAAAACUUGCAGCUAAAGCUGAAGAACUUGUCGAUUUCAAAGGAAAGUAUGAGCGUUUGUGUGAUGAAAUUAAGAAUCUUCGUGAUGAAAGGGCCUCUUCUGCUGAUCUCCGCCUAAAGAAUGAGGAACUUGAGCGGUUGCUAGCAAAAAGUGAACAGAAUCUGAAAGCACUUCAAACGCAAGAGUCUGAGCUGAGAUUUCGCAUUUUAUCUUGUGAACGCGAGAUAGAGGAACUUAAGGAGAAUGAUAACAAAAUGAAAUCUUCAAUGAGUGAAAAAAUGAGUGAGAUGAAUAGAUUAAGAGAGGAAAGUGCGAAACGUCAAGAAAUGGUUGAUAAACUCACUGAAGAAAACGUUCUUUCAUCCGCUUUGAUUGAGGAGUUGAAGGUGCACCUAUCUCGCUCCAAAUCAGAAUUGGCGGAAUUACGCUUCUCUCUGGCGAGUGAAAAGCAAGCACGUGAAGCAGCUGAGAAUAAUGCGCGCCAUGCUUCCGAGUUGGAGAUCAAGUUACGGGAACGCUUAAGUCAAAUGGACAAUCUUGUAGCGAGUAACGAAAAGCUAUCGCAAGAACUGGAGUUCCUUCGACAGGUAGCUUCUCAUAGCAGUACCAAAGAAGAGACGGAACAGCUUUCUACGGCCCUCCGGGAAUGCCGCGAACACCUCAAACAAGCGAUUGCUGAGAAAAAUGAACUGAAGGAGAGAGAGGUUGCCAAUUCCGAACGAAUUGCGGAAGUGGAGUCUCUUCGUUAUGAAUUGAAGUGCCGCGAUGAAACAGUGGCAAGAUUACGAACCGUAGAAUCGAAGUUGAGAGAUGAUUUGGAAGAAAAAUGUGCAGAAAUAGCAGAUCUGGGACAUCGUCUGGGUAAAAUUAAUGAAGAAUGUGAUCGAGUGCGUGAGGAGUUCCACAUUUUCCAGCAAUUAGCGGAGCAGCAGUAUUGCGAUAUGAUAGAGGAAAAACGCGGACAAAUUGAGGCGCUUUCAUCUCGUUUAGCACAGUUGGAGUCUUAUCCAGGGAUAGACGUAGGAAAAGUUGAGAAAACUCCUCGCGCGCUCUACGAUUGCAUAUUACCGGCAGUUCGAGAGCUUGCAGAAAAGGCUGCUUCCGAAUCGGCAUCUAUCGCUGAUGCUAUCAAAGAGAUGCGCGAAACCUUUGUCGGUGCGUCAUUAGCAUCACCAAAAGAUUGCAGGAAUGUUCAACAGUGUAAUCCGCACCUGUCUCCGGAGAAACGCUACGUAGAAACGCAGACAUCCAUCGAUCUUUCUGAGGAAGAUGAAGAUGCUCUUCCACUGAGCCGCUUGAUUACAUCUGUCGAAAAUUGCCGAAAUUGUGCCCCUUGUUCAUCCUCAUCGCUCGUGCAGACUGAGCUGCAACGACUUCUUGUUCGUGUGAAACAUGAGCAAGAAACAUCCGUUAUUGAUGCAGCGGUGAUGCAUUUUUUGGAGGAAUGUCACAAGUAUUUCACCGAUGCCAUAGAACACGCCACGCAAGAACUGAGGGUAAUUCAUGAUGAUAGAGAAGUUCUAGAGAAGAAGUUGAGGCUGGUCGCUAUUGUGUUUUCAUUGCUCGAUCGAAAAAAAAAUUUCUCGCCGGUAUUUCAGUUCAGAGAGGCUGAAAUGGAGUAUAGAACGUCCGACUUGAGCGCGGCGAAGAUGCAGAUUGAUCAGUACAGAAUUAAACUGAGGAAACAGACUGAAGAACUAGAAGCCGUAUCUUGUGAAAGAGACAACGCCGAACACCUUAUGGUUGAGUUCCAAAAAUUAGAACAGGAUUCACAAGAAGAGAUCAGAAAAGCUAAUGACGCAAUCGAUGAGCUCGAAAAAGAACUGCAAGAUGCUCGUGCCGAUUUAGAAAAAGAGAAGCGUGAGAUGAUCUCCCUAAAGGACGAGAAUGAUAUGUUUUCGAUCGCUAUUCAACACUUGAAAGGCCAAGUAACACAUCUAGAACAGAAAGUGCUGGAUCUAGAAAGACGGUGUGAAAAGCUUACGAGAACCGAAAGGUACAAUCAGAAAACGAUACAGAUCGUUUGCGAAAGUUUUUGGGAAAGGGAAGAAUUCGUGGAGCGGCUGAGGCGUAGAAGUUACGAACGAAAAAAGCUCAUAGAACACUUCGUGCAUAAAGUAGGCGAAAUCAUUUCGUCUUUCAAAGGGGAUGAGGGCCCUGUGGAUUCUAUGCAGACAACGAUUAAGGCUUGGACAGAAACCGAUGUCCAGGAAGACGUGUAUCAUGAAAAUAAAAAAAGAGCCUUAAGGUCUCAAAUCGAAGAGCUCGGUUCGGGAGACCAGCUGGAUAUGGCUUAUACGCAAACAUUGAGGCGUUUUAGGCAUUCGUGCUCAUAA